UUGGACUCUUUCCUUUAAACGCGACAGUUCUGCGCAGAGCGGCAAGCGACGACAGUGAGCAUGUCAUUCCCGUUCUCAGUUCUUCACUUCCCGGUGUCCCCCACUCGCCAACAAGAUUAUGCAUAAAUACUGGCUAUCGCUUGGCCUCCAUGCAUUUAUCACACAUCCGCAGCCCCGCGGCAGCAGCAAUGAGCUUUUCUACUUCCCCAUUAUGCGGGUCCCCAAAAUCACCUCCGCCCUCUCCGCCUAUCGCUGUCCCCUUCCCGCGGGUUCCAACUUAUCUCCAGCGCGCGCUCGAGAUCGGAGCACGGUGCGGGGAGACCUCCGUAGGAAUGAUGGAUGAAGGGACGGUGACGGCGGAGGCCUUCGCCGGUGAGAUGGUAUAUGAACCGAUCCUGGAAGAGGGCGUCUUCCGAUUCGACUGUUCUGAGAAUGAUCGCGGUGUUGCAUUCCCCAGUCUCUCCUUCGCCAAUCCUCAGGCCAGGGAAAUCGUCAUCUUCGUCCAUGGCAAGGUUCCGGAGUUCGUCCCUGUCUUUGAGAAACUAAAUGGUCAGCAGAUCGUCAAGUUCCAGCUUCCUUUUGGAACCUCUCUCUAUGGAACUGGAGAAGUUAGCGGACAGCUCGAACGGACUGGAAAGAGGAUCUUUACUUGGAACUCGGAUGCAUGGGGUUAUGGCCCCGGAACUACAUCUUUGUACCAGUCGCAUCCUUGGGUGCUGGCUGUUCUGCCCGACGGUAAGGCUUUGGGUGUUCUUGCUGACACAACCCGGCGAUGCGAGAUUGAUCUCCGGGAGAGUUCUACUAUAAAGUUUGUGUCUACAGCUCCAUACCCUGUGAUUACAUUUGGCCCCUUCAAAUCGCCAACCGAAGUCGUGAUUUCCUUAUCUCAUGCAAUUGGAAGUGUUUUUAUGCCUCCAAAGUGGUCGCUUGGCUAUCAUCAGUGUCGUUGGAGCUAUGAGACAGAUGAAAGAGUUCGCAAGAUUGCUACUAAUUUCCGAGAAAGAGGCAUACCCUGUGAUGCCAUUUGGAUGGACAUAGACUACAUGCAUGGUUUCCGAUGUUUUACUUUUGACAAAGAGCGCUUUCCUGAUCCAAAAGCUUUGGUGAAAGACCUUCAUGCUAUGGGUAUCAAUGCAAUAUGGAUGCUUGACCCUGGGAUCAAAUAUGAGGAGGGUUACCAUGUUUAUGAUAGUGGUUCUAAUAAUAAUUUAUGGACCCAGAAAGAAGAUUGCAAACCUUUUGUUGGGGAGGUAUGGCCGGGGCCUUGUGUUUUUCCUGACUUUACACGGAAAGAAGCACGGUUAUGGUGGGCUAAUUUGGUGAAGGAUUUCGUUUCUAAUGGUGUUGAUGGGAUAUGGAAUGAUAUGAAUGAGCCUGCUGUUUUCAAAACAGUUACAAAGACAAUGCCUGAGAGCAACAUCCACAAUGCAGAUGCUGAAAUUGGUGGUAUACAAAAGCACACACAUUAUCAUAAUGUUUAUGGCAUGCUGAUGGCAAGGUCAACUUAUAAGGGAAUGAAAAUGGCCAAUGAGAAUAAGCGUCCAUUUGUUCUUACUAGAGCUGGGUUCAUAGGAAGUCAGCGUUAUGCUGCCACAUGGACAGGCGACAAUCUGUCAAAUUGGGAGCAUCUCCAUAUGUGCAUACCAAUGGUUUUGCAACUGGGUCUAAGUGGUCAGCCAUUAUCAGGACCAGAUGUUGGUGGAUUUGCUGGUAAUGCUACUCCACGGCUUUUUGGAAGAUGGAUGGGCGUGGGUGCCAUGUUUCCUUUUUGUCGGGCACAUUCUGAGUCUGGAACUAUUGAUCAGGAACCUUGGUCCUUUGGAGAAGAGUGCGAAGAAGUAUGCCGCCUUGCACUCUUGAGGCGCUAUCGGCUUAUACCACACCUGUAUACGCUCUUCUAUCAGGCUCAUAAAAUGGGCACUCCUGUUCUCUCUCCCACCUUUUUUGCUGAUCCAACGGACAAAAAAUUAAGGAAUAUUGAGAAUUCCUUUCUACUUGGGCCACUUCUAGUUUGUGCAAGCACCAUACCAGAACACGGAUCACAUGAAUUAUCUCAUGAAUUACCUAAUGGAACUUGGAUGAGGUUUGAUUUUGGUGAUUCACAUCCAGAUUUGCCAAUUUUGUACUUGCAAGGAGGUUCAAUAAUUCCUGUUGGUCCUGCUAUUCAGCAUAUUGGUGAAGCCAAUCCAACCAAUGAGUUAUCGCUUUUUAUAUCUUUGGACAUAAAUGGUAAGGCUGAAGGUGUUCUGUUUGAGGACGAUGGUGAUGGAUAUGGGUACACACAGGGAGCCUAUCUCCUUACGUACUAUGCUGCAGAAUUGAAAUCUUCGACAGUUACAGUUAGAGUAUCCCAAACUGAAGGAUCAUGGAAGAGGCCUAAUCGUAGUUUACAUGUGUUUAUCUUGCUUGGGGAAGGAGCGAUGAUUGAUGGACUAGGAAUUGAUGGUGAGGAAGUGCACAUCACGAUGCCUUCAGAAUCUGAAGUAUCUAAAUUGCAAUCUGCAAGUGAAAUCAAGUACAGAGAAAAACUAGAUGAUGCAAAGCUUCUUCCAGAUGUUGAUGAUCUCUCUGGGCAAAAGGGAAUUGAACUAUCAAAGACACCUGUGGAUAUCAAGAGUAGGGACUGGCAGCUUAAAGUGGUCCCCUGGAUUGGUGGUCGGAUGAUCUCCAUGAUACAUCUUCCGUCAG